AAAAGAAAGUGGAGCUAUUUAGGUACCAAAAUGUCAUGAUAUUCUUCACCAAAUUCCACUCGUCCAUUAAACUUGAACUGUAUCCCUGAAAAGAGAGAGAGAGAGAGAGAAAAGUAGAGAGAAAAGAGAGAGAGAGAAAAGUAGAGAGAAAAGUAAAGAGAAAACCCAUAAUUGCCUUGAACUCAUCGACUUAGGCUUGCAAAAGCGUGAGAAGAUGAAGACACCGAUCUUCAUUAUUUUACAAUUAUCAGCUGUGCUUCUGAGCAUCUGCCAAUUGCAUGUGGCAGCAGAUGGAAGACAAUCACAGCAGAAAAGGACUUACAUAAUCCACAUGGACAAGUCCAACAAGCCAGCAACCUUCGACAACCAUUUCAACUGGUACGACUCCUCUUUGAAAUCGGUCUCCGACUCGGCAGACAUGCUCUACACCUAUAACAACGUCAUCCACGGCUUCUCCACAAGCCUUACCGAGAAAGAAGCACAGUUUCUUAAACAGCAGCCAGGUGUUCUCUCUGUUUUACAAGAAAACAGGUACGAGCUUCAUACAACUCGGACGCCGGAGUUCCUCGGACUAGGAAGGAGCGACGCGCUCUUCCCCGCGUCCGAUAAACUGAGCGAGGUGAUCGUUGGAGUGUUGGACACUGGCGUCUGGCCCGAGAGCAAGAGCUACGACGAUGCAGGCCUCAGGCGGGUGCCGAGUAGCUGGAAAGGCGAGUGCGAGGUGGGCAAGAACUUCAACUCAUCGAGUUGCAACAUGAAACUGAUUGGCGCGAGGUAUUUCUCAGCAGGGUAUGAAGAAGCAUUUGGACCAAUUGACGAGAAAGUGGAAUCAAAAUCGCCGAGAGAUGACGACGGGCAUGGAACUCACACCUCAACCACCGCAGCUGGGUCUACGGUCGUGGAGGCUAGCCUCUUUGGCUUUGCUUCCGGGACGGCACGUGGGAUGGCUACGACAGCCAGAGUAGCCACAUACAAGGUGUGCUGGCUUGGUGGAUGUUUCGGCUCCGAUAUAUUAGCAGGGAUAGAUAAGGCUAUAGACGAUGGUGUUGAUGUUCUAUCCCUGUCCAUUGGGGGAGGUCUAAAUGAUUACUACAGAGACACCGUUGCCAUUGGAACCUUUGCAGCUGUGGCUCAUGGAAUUGUUGUAUCAGUCUCAGCAGGAAAUGGCGGACCAGGCUCUGGCAGCUUAUCAAAUGUUGCGCCUUGGUUGACCACUGUUGGUGCCGGAACAUUAGACCGUGAUUUCCCGGCUUAUGUUAGUCUUGGGAAUGGACAGAAAUACAAAGGCGUCUCGCUCUACAGUGGAAAGCCUUUAUCUGAGGAGCUAGUUCAAAUUGUUUAUGGUCGUACAGCAAAUAACUCGACAAAUGGGAAUCUAUGCCUGCCUGGCAGUUUGGAUUCUGCAAAGGUCACAGGGAAAUUAGUCGUAUGUGAUCGAGGGGGAAACCCGAGGGCCCAGAAGGGUCAAGUGGUAAAAGAUGCUGGUGGUGUUGGGAUGAUCUUGUCCAACACAGAAUCUUAUGGAGAAGAACUAGUGGCUGAUGCACAUCUCCUGCCCGCAGUAACUGUUGGGCAAAGGACUGGAAAUUUGAUAAAGACUUAUCUCCGUUCAGAUGCUAAUCCAACAGCCACAAUCACUCAAGGCAGCACACAGUUAGGAAUUCAACCCUCACCAGUGGUAGCUGCUUUUAGUUCUAGAGGGCCAAAUCCAAUUACUCCAGAGAUACUCAAGCCGGACCUGAUAGCGCCAGGGGUAAACAUACUAGCUGGGUGGACCGGUAGAGCAGGACCAACUGGUUUAGACACAGACAACCGGCGUGUGAGCUUCAACAUUGUCUCAGGUACAUCAAUGUCUUGCCCUCACGUGAGUGGACUGGCAGCCCUCCUCAAAGCUGCCCACCCGGAAUGGAGCCCUGCAGCUAUUAGGUCGGCGCUCAUGACUACUGCCUAUUCGACAUAUAAGGGCGGUAAAACCAUCUCAGAUAUUUCUACUGGAAGUUCUGCAACACCAUUUGACUAUGGAGCCGGACACGUGGAUCCAGUGGCGGCCCUUGAACCUGGCCUUGUCUACGAUGCUACUGUUCAAGACUACAUAAGCUUCUUCUGUGCCUUGAAUUAUAGUGCAUCUCAGAUAAAGACAGUAACCAAGGGAGAUUAUACGUGUGACCACACGAAAAAGUACAGCCUUGGAGAUUUUAACUACCCAUCUUUUGCUGUUCCUCUGGAAACAGCAUCAAGCAGUGAGGGUGGUGCGGAUGCAUCAAGCACCGUGAAGUACACAAGAACUUUGACAAAUGUUGGUGAACCGGCAACAUAUAAGGUCUCAAUAUCGUCAGAUCCCUCAGUUAAAAUUUCAGUCCAACCAGAAUCAUUGAGUUUCAGUGAGGCAUAUGAGAAGAAGACAUACACAGUGACAUUCACUGCUAAUUCUCAGCCAUCAGGUACGACCAGCUUCGCUCGUCUGGAAUGGUCAGACGGGAAACAUGCUGUCAGCAGUCCUAUUGCUUUUAGCUGGACAUAGUCAAAAGGGAAUGGAAGUGGUAUGAUGACUCUACACAGAUGAUAUCCAACAUAAUCAACCCUAAGUCGUAGUAUGUUAAUUCUACUUGUCUUGUUUGUCCUGUGUGCCAGCAGCUGAGCAAUAAAGUCAGCUGGUAGAUUUAUUAUUGUACGAUUGAAACAAAAAAAUCUGAGAAAAAGAAAAAAAAAGAACAAUAAUUGUACAGGUACAUGUUUAAUAUUAGAAUUGAUCUCCAAGAUGUAUUUCAAAUAUAUCCAGAUAAGUAUUUCCUUUUGAACGCAGGAAUGAGGGAAAAUAGUUUUUCUUAUUUUCUCAUAAA